AAUUCUAGCCUGACUUAAGCGUUCGAUUGUAUUAUCGAAGAAUAUUUUCAAUACGUUUACAACAAAUGAAGUCAGGAACAUCCAUAAUAAAUCUACCAUAAAUAUAGAAGUCGUUCUGCAUUGCGUGACGGAGAAACCUUGAGAAAACAAACAAACAUAAAUGGGUGACUGCCAUGACCCGCACCCAUAUGUUACUUGGUUUUGAUAUCAUGAGGCUGGAGUAGGAUUGCUUCACUUGUAACUGUCUCCUCACAGGCUUCAUUUGAGAAGGGUACGUGAAAAGGAAUUACGCCCCUUUCACCACAGCGGCAGUUUUCUCACCAUCAAGUCAUGCGCGUCAUCCUGCUUUUGGUGUUAGCGGGGUUCCUGGCCAUCACUGGUCUCAUUUGUCUCAUCACAGGAAUCGUUCUUCUGACACGUGAUACAUCAUGUGUGGAAAGCACUCCACAGACAUCGGAGAGAUGUUCUUAUUCAGACGAGGCUGUCCGUGGUGGCUUAGACACUUUUCUCAAAAAGGUGCAAGACAGUUAUUACAGGCUUCACCCAAACAAAAUUGCUGACAAGCCGGGGGUGUCGCCCACUGAAAUACGGGGAAAAUAUCGCUCUUAUGACCCAUCCCCGAGCAACAUCAGGCUUAUCACUGACGAAGCGUGGGCGCUACUCGAUGAAAUAAACCAGACGAAUUUUGAGGUGCAUGAACUAAGGCCACGCGAGAGGAAGGCUUUGGCUCAAGUCAAGCAUUAUUUGCAUCACGUUUUUGGAACCCCUUAUGAUGUGAACUAUUACGCAGGUGAUUUUCUAUUGGGCCCCAAUUUGUGGUGUUGGCAACCUCUGUGCGACGUUACGUAUGAAAUCAAGAAUAGUCUGUAUCACUUCAAGCCAAAUACAACAAAAGAUUUAGAAAAGCUGCAAAAGAAACUAGCAGAAAUUAAAGAAACAUUUGUCCAGUACAGGAGGAAUAUGGAAUACGGUGUUUUGGUUGGAAUGGUGCGCUCUGUCGAAGAGUGCAAAGCUGGAAUCAACGGAUUGACGUCAUAUUUCCGUCAGAUAUCAAUCAAAGGAGCCAAGGGAGUCCUGGAAGAAGAUUUCGUCAAUCGUCUUCUGCAACCCGAGUUUCUUGAGGCUCUUGUGGAAAAUAAAGAAGAAAGCAAGACAUGGGAAAAUAGAUAUAGAAAGUCUGUGAACGACUCCUUGAGAGAGUCUUUGGUUGAAAACGUCGGAAAAUCCAUCGAAGAGUUAUUCACGUAUCUUAGAAAAGAUCAUAUUCAGCAUUGCGUACCCAGUAAUGUGUCCAGCGGUCUCGCUACACUUCCUCUUUCCUUCGUGUAUGUCAACAGCACCGCUGACAAGUCAAAACCAACUAACAAGUCUCCACCGACAGGAGAACUGCUUAACGGAAAGAAGUCUUAUCAACAGAUCGUGUCUUACUUCACAACAAACACCAUGUCCCCGGAUGAAAUAUAUAAACUAGGUUUAAAGAUGCUGAAUGAACUCUAUCCACAGGUGCUGCAGAUAGCGAGGCUCGUGACUCAAGAAUCAGACAAUGGCACAGCCAAAAAGCAGUUUAUCAGGAAAAUGAACCAUUCAGAUAUGUACUUCAUCGAGGAGGACAUUCCGAAGAACGAGUCAGACGAAAACGCACAUGUGGUGUGCGGUGAUGUGGAAGGAGCAAAGAGAGAUUGUCCAACAAGAUGGCGAGCGAUUCAACACUGGUUCGCAGAAGAUCACAUGGUUUUCAGUCUUUUGGAUCCCAAAACGAUUGACAUGUUCCAUUUUAGUGGCCCAAAACAUACAACACCUAAUUGCCCUACAGAAAUGGCUCUGGAUUUUAACCCAUCUGGGGGAGCCAGCUAUUGGGGCGGUGACAAAAAUUGCAGAGGCAACGCCCAGUAUUAUGUACCUUUCUUUUCGGCCAGACCUGGGCCCAAAUACGAGGAGUGGAGUACGAACGCGCACGAAGGAAGGCCUGGGCACCACACACAAAUUCAAGGUCUGGAGGAACACUUCCGGGACAGCUGUGGUGGAAUAAUCAAAUGGCUUGAUUUAGAAUCUUCCUACACCGCCUUUUCCGAGGGCUGGGGGCUGUACGCUGAAAACCCACUGAUUGGUGAGGACACGGAUACUUACGCGGAUGAACCCUGGCAAAAAUAUGGCAUGCUGAAAUGGCAGGUUUGGCGUGCCUUACGCUUAGUUGUUGACUCUGGUUUGCACUAUAAAGGGUUUUCCCGCCAAAAAGCCCUGCAGUUCUUUGCAGAUUACGCCUGGGACGAAAGUGACAUCGCUUUGAAAGAAGUUACUCGGUACCAGAGUGCUCCCGGCCAGGCUACCGCUUAUAUGAUUGGUCAACAGCAUAUUACGAAACUCAGACAAAACGCGCAAAGGGUAUUGGGAGAAAAGUUCGAUCUUCGAGACUUCCACUAUCACUUGUUAUCCCAGGGUUCCUCGCCUUUAAGUUACUUGGAGCAAAGUAUCGACACUUACAUCAAUUGUGUCAAGAAUGAAAAGGCUGCUGGAUGUUUUGACAUUCUAAAUCCAGCCGUGAAAGACGAAGAUGCAGAGGAAAAUAUCGAUAACCUUGAUCAGCCAAAGAGAGGGCGUCAUUUCUUCUAACGAAUUUAUAUGUUGUGCUUUUCUCAAUAAGAUUUUCUUUGAAAAGUAAAAUUUUGUUGCUACUUUAAUUCA